AUGACAUCCCCCGACCCGACAUUGCAUCUUCCUCGCAUAUUGUGCCUGCACGGCGGGGGUGUCAACGCCGCCAUCUUCCGGGCGCAAUUCCGGGCGUUCCUGAACCACGAGCGACUGCGCGACCGGUUCCGGUUCGUGUUUGUCGACGCGCCCUUCUUCUGCGACGAAGGCGUCGGCGUCUUCCCAGUCUACUCGGACUGGGGCCCCUUCCGGCGCUGGUUCCGCUGGCUCGACUCGCACGCCGAGAUCGACCCGGCCGCGUGCGCCUACGAGCUCGAAUACACGGUCGAGCGAGCCAUGGACAGCGACGACGGCACUGGCGAGUGGGUGGGAGUGCUUGGGUUCAGCCAGGGCGCCAAGCUGGCCGCAAGCCUGCUGUACGCACAGCAGCUCCGGGGCAAAUCCGACCCGUGGAAGUUUGCCGUCAUUCUCGCGGGCCGCGCGCCGCUGGUCAGCCUCGACGAUGAAGCCGAGUCGUUUCCCUGGAUGCAGUCGGCGGGAGGGUUGCCCGACGCCGCCGAUCUCGACGGUCUGCUCGAUCGGCCGGACAUGAAGCUGCGGAUCCCGACGUUGCAUGUGCACGGUCUGAAGGAUGAAGGCCUGCAUCUGCAUCGGAAGCUGGUGCACGAUUACUGCGCCCCUGGCACGGCGACCCUCGUCGAGUGGGAUGGUGGCCAUCGCAUCCCGAUCAAGAGGGGCGAUGUCGAUAAGAUUGUCGAUGCCUGGGUCGAUCUGGUCGAUGAAUAUGGCAUCUGA